UUUGUUUAUUUAUUUUGUUUUUCAUUACUGUUGCUUUUAAUUAGGCGAAUUAACUACUUGGAGAACUCGUAUUUUCACCUGAAAGUGUAAUGACCGCAGAAAUCGCCUGAUAUUGUCGCAGUAGCCGCACAACAUGGCUCACUCGAAAAAGGAGCGCAAAGCCGCCAGAGAAGCGAAUGCCCAGAAGUCUGCGGAAACGAAAACGGAGAGCAAACCGGAGGCCAAAGGUGCCCAAAAGCGAGGCGAUCAUAACGUAGGAUCAACCACAGGCGACCAGUUCCUGGAGAGUUUGCUCCAGACCCUCUACAAGUCAUGGCUUCAGUUGCGUCGCUUUGCGGAGUUUGUGAUGUACGAACUGGGUGGAAAUGAGUUUCUGGAGGCCAUAGCUGCUUGGUGCGCCCGGAAUCCGCAUAUUGCCAUCUGCCUGUUGGCCGGUGGUCUCGUCUUCAUGCUACCCUUUCUCAUAAUCUUCGGGUUCGGAAUAGCCACCAUGGUGAUGACUUUUACGGGUCUGCUGGUGCUAGAAGGCACUCUUCUCACCAUAGUUUCCAUGGUUUUCUUCGCCUGCCUGGCAGGAUUCGCAAUCAUUGUUCCUCUUUUUGGUGUCGCAGCUGUGGCUGCCUACUUUGGUUUUGCCCAGGUGUACGGGCUUUACGAUGGCAUUGAGCGGCACAAGAGCGCUCUUGUUAAGUUUGUAAGGGAUCAAAGAAAAACCUAUGAUCCUCCCCCACCUCCUGUAAGCUUUUCCGAGGAACCCACAUCGACUUCAUAAGCAUUACUUGCCCAACAAAGAUAGUUAUUAAAAAAUAAAAGACCAGUGCGUAGAUGUACUGGUGAAUUUGUUUGU